AGUUGUGCAAGUUUCCCUUCGAAAUUGCAUGAUUUCAAUUUUGACUGUGGAAAAACUGGUUCAUAUUUUGCGGCAGACAAGCAUUCACUCAAUCGAAAUGGUAGCUCUUACGGGAAGUUUGCUGUUAUCCCAAAUAUCUCGAUCAUACGGAAUUUUCUCCCGAUCUUUCUGUUCUGCCGCUCCAAAACUAAAGCCUCGCGUCUACUUUGACAUCGAGGCUGAUGGAGAUAAGUUGGGUAGAGUUGUAAUGGAGUUACGAGGAGAUGUGGUACCAAAAACUGCGGAAAAUUUCCGCGCUCUCUGCACGAUGGAGAAGGGAUUUGGAUACAAGGGUUCCGUAUUUCAUCGUGUAAUUCCGAGUUUCAUGUGUCAAGGAGGAGAUUUUACUAAUCACAAUGGAACCGGAGGAAAGUCAAUUUACGGAAGGACGUUCAAAGAUGAAAACUUUCAGCUCAGGCACACCGGACCCGGCAUUUUGUCAAUGGCGAAUGCCGGGCCGAAUACGAAUGGAUCUCAAUUUUUUAUCACAACGGCGACCACAGACUGGCUAGACAACGCGCACGUGGUGUUCGGAUCUGUCGUAGAAGGAUUGGAUGUUGUGAAAGCCAUGGAGAAACUGGGCAGUCGCAACGGCCGCACGUCAAAACAAAUCGUUGUCUCUGACUGUGGAGAACUUGAGUGAAUUCUGAAGCAUCGAAGCGUAGUGCAAUAAAUCCUGUGGUUUUUUAAUCGCUUUCGUGAAUGGGAUGAUCAAUUUUGUAUGUUUUUUUAAAUAUCUUUAUCUAGGUUACAACGUUUCGUAGUGUUCCAAUAUCGCAACAAUGGUGGUGAAUACGAUACUGUUGGACUUCAUUCUUCCCAACCCUCAUGAGGAUGAUGGUAAACCACCAGAUGCCUUGAAGGUGGUCGAGACAGUUUUGGAGAAACAUAAAUUGUCAACGAUUCAUCGGGCUCCUAUAGAUGGAUCCAGCACGAUGGCAAUCAUGGAAGGGCCGCAAGGCGCCACUGCAACGGUUAGAAUUCACCCUCAAGGCAUGGUGACCGUGACCUUGGAAUACUACGUAACUAAAGGGCAGUCACCCUUAUUUUCCACCAAAGAAUUGCAGAAAUUGCGUGACGAAAUCGCAGACUCCCUGGGCUCUUCGAAUAGCCGCUUGUUACCUCCGGUUCAACGCGGAUGUCGAGUAGACCCUUACCUGACGACCAGUGAUGAAAGACUACUGCAGUAUGACUUUGAUGAAUUGUUGUUCGAACAGCAGACAGCUUUUCAGAAGGUACAAAUCUUUCAUUCGACGAACUUUGGCAAUGCUUUAGUGCUUGAUGGUUUGAUCAAUUUGGCAGAAAGUGACUUGAUCUACACGGAAACCCUGAUGCAGAGGGGGAAGUUGGAUUACACUGACAAAAAUGUUUUAAUACUUGGAGGUGGAGACGGGGCACUUCUUCAUGAACUGUUGCAGGAAAACCCUGGAUGUGUUACGAUGGUUGAGAUCGACGAUGUUGUCAUGAAAUCUUGUCGCACUCACAUGAGAACAGUUUGUGGUGAAUCGAUGGACCAGUAUGUUGGACCUCAUCAUGAGAUAAUUGUGGAUGAUGCGUUGAAAGUGAUGGAUCAAUACGAGAAAGAAGGAAAGUUUUUCGACGUGAUAAUCGGGGAUUUGACGGACAUUCCGAUUUCUUCAACGCCGCAGGAUGAGCUCUGGGUGUUCUUCCGGAAUAUUAUUUCCAAGGCUUUCAAGAUUUUGGGUCCGAAUGGCGUCUACUUGAUGCAUGUAAGUGAGCUAUUGAACAUUGAGCUUCAGGUCGCAGGAAUCGGAAGUUUCGUGUGCGAUCAUGGAAAUGGUAUUAGCUCAAAGCAAGCAUUGUCGAUGUUCGAAGACGAGCUGGACAAGAUGGAUCCACCUGUGGUUCACUCUAAAUCCUUGGCGUAUGUACCGUCUUUCAUGGAGCAAUGGGUCUUCUAUCAAAUCAAAAAGCGUGAAGAAAUCAAAUCAUGAUAUAGGUCUGAGCUAAGCAAUGAGGUGUCUUGAAAGAUCAAGAUGCUCUUUUCGAGAUUUUCUUUCCGGUCCGUAUGUUCAGCUUUUUCCUUGCUCACCUUCGGCAACUUUUUUCCCCAUGAGGAUAAUCAAUUUUGAAUCUCAUUGUGAUUUCAUGAGAAAUUUUGAAAUUGGGCGGGAUUAUUAGACAAAAAGCCUGAUUUUUUUUUCGAGGCCAAUCCUAGGCAUUUGUAUGCGCUUUGCAGCGUUUUUCGAACCUAUUUUGCUUGCGGACUCAAAAGUAGCCGCCACUCUAACAUUUUCUAUUUGUGUUUGACGUUUCUGUGACGAUUGUGAAAGUCCGCAUUCUUCAUCAGGGUUCCGAAAAGUGUGAGCUAAGUUUCUGAUAUCGAUACUUUCCCUGUGGUGAUUUUGACUGCUCAAGGGUUCUUCUGUUUCAACCAAUGUUGUUGGUUCUUCGAUAUCUACGCUCUUGAACAUUCUUGUAACCUUGUGUUUUGUGUGUGAAACCCUGUUUUGUUUAGGGGCGUGUUUCUGAAAUGUUAGGCAUUCGUGCUGAAUGACUAAUAUUCUGUGGGUAAUUUGCAGGGUGUCUAAAAAGUUAAUGUGCAGUGAAAGAAUGAUCCACAUGAUAUGUUCUACUUCAGUCUGUUUUGGUGGCGCAUUGUUACGGGGUGGGUAGAUGUCACUGGCUGUCACAAUAAUGCUGUAUUUAAAAGUAACACUGUCAUCUGAAGUUGCAUCUGCUUCCGGGACCCUCUCCUCUGCUUAUAAGUAUUUUUUGCAUUGUCAUAUGAGAGUAGUUCAUGUUGAGUGGAAGGAUGGUAAUCCUUGAACCUUCGUAAAGUAUCAAAAACAUAAUGUUUAAUGUAUUUCUGUUCGCUUUCCGUGAAUAUUGGACUCGCCCUGAAGAUGGGAUGAUUUUUGCACUGUGCACUAUCUUUUGCGACACUCUUUAGUUCUGUUUUCUUUCGAGGAUUCCAUGAUUUCAUGCAUUUACUUCAGAAUUGCUGAGAAAUAAGGCUGUUGAUAUCAACGUCUCAGUUCGAAGCUACAAUUUCUGGAUGCUCAUGGAGUGAUGGUUUCAUCUAGUGAUUCGCAUGGAGAGACCCAAAGCAUUAGCACACUUUAUUUCGGUUUUUACGGGCAUUUUUCCGCCGCCGGUUCGUCCGAAUUCGAUUCAUGAGGUUGUUGAAGUCGAGCUACGAACACAGCUUUUUUUGCAAUGCUUUUUUGUGAACAACUAGAAGUGAUUCACGGGGUUGUUGAUUAGAAGGGGAACAGUGCCUCUUGAAAAAUAAAAAAGAAAAAAAGCUGGUCUUGUUGUGCAAGCCGCAGAGCUACUGAUCUGCGAUCUAGAAAUGCAGCGUAUUUGCGUGUCUGAA